CAAAUAUUCAACAUUUUUUAUAUUUCUGAAUAAAGUUACUUAAAAACAUAUUGAUGCGAAAACCUUAAUAAAAACUAAUAUAAACAGAAGUCUUCGAGUGACUGGUUCGCUGUUCAGCACUGGCCUGGUUGUUUGCGUAGGCGGGCGGCGAUUCGAAACAACUGCCCGAAUAAUAAAUAGCUUUGGCUGGGAAUAUGUUUGACCAAGCCCAGUUAGAGUCAGUCUCGACUCCCUCGCCAUGUCCGAGCGACGCGCCGUAAACGAAAUACCGGUGGAAUACCAGCCAGUGCCCAAUCAACUGGGUGAACCCCCAGCAUCCUCCGUAUCCUGCUGCAGGCGACCGUGCAAUUGCAAUUUUGCAGCCCGCGAUGAGCGGAAAGUGUGCUGCUGCGGUCAUGGGUAUAUGGUGCCAGUUUUUGUGCUCUUCGUACUGGUUAUGAUUGUACUCCUGUUGCCCUGGGAAACCUAUCACCAACGCGAGAAUGCCAACGGCCCCUCUCCAGUGGAGAAUCCGUUGCCAUGCCAACUCGAAUUGGUGGAGAGCCUGCCCUCUAGUUUAAACUAUAGCCACCCCCGACUGAGAAGCACAUUCGAGGCCUGGCAGCUGCUACUGGGUAAGGCGAGGACGUCGCUGGACAUUGCCGCCCCCCACUGGACACUCCGGGGGUUGGAUGUUAACGAUAGCAGCACUCUGCCAGGAGAUCACUUAUUCCAGCGCCUGCUGUCUAAUGGAGAUGCCGGAAAACCUAAGUUGCGUCUUCGUAUAGUGAUGAACCGCAGCCAGCAGAGCAUGUGGCAUGCGGAUGCCCGCAUCCUAUCCAACUACGGUGCUGCAGAGAUUAUGGCCAUUAACUUCCUGCACUCCAAGCUAUGGCUGGUCGAUGGCCAGCAUUUUUAUUUGGGUAGCGCUGACAUGGACUGGCGGUCGCUUACCCAGAGGAAGGAACUAGGUGUCUUGGCCCUAAACUGCCCGCAUUUAGCCCAGGAUCUGGUCAAGAUCUUCAAGGCCUAUUGGUAUUUGGGAAGCAACGAGGUGCCCGAGUACUGGCCCUGGCUCUAUCACACGUACAUCAAUCAAAAGAGGCCUCUUCUGCUGAAUGUAAAUAAGAACUUCACGAUGCGGGCAUUUGUAGCCAGUUCCCCGCCAGCAAUCUCGGCCUCGGGUAGGACUCUAGAGUUGGAUGCUAUCUUGGGGUCCAUUGAAAAAGCCUCUGAAUUUAUUUGUUUGUCUCUAAUGGACUACAAUCCGCUUUUGAGACGUGGUAGCAAGGUUGAAUAUUGGCCUGUCGUGGACAAUGCCCUGCGGAGAGCUGCCUUGGAAAGAGGUGUGACAAUCAAACUCCUCAUUUCCUGGUGGAAGUACUCCGAUCCUACCGAGGAUCACUUCUUACGCUCGCUACAAGCUCUUAACAAAAUGAACGAGGAGGUGGACAUAGAAAUUCGCCGAUACGUCGUACCCACCACAGACGAGCUGGAGAAGAUUUCUGGCGGAAGAGUAAGCUGCAACUCCUACAUGGUAACGGACGACCGCGUUGUUAUUGGCACUUCCAGUUGGUCCGGAGAGCAUUUCAGCCACGCAGCCGGAAUAGGAUUGUUUCUGGAGGACUUGGAAUACACCAACCACAGCCUCCGCACAGACUUAUUGUCCGUUUUCCAGAGGGAUUGGUUCAGUCCCUUCGCUCUGCCAUUAAAGCCAAAUCUUAGAAUUUGAAUUUGGCUGUCAAAAAACGUUGAACUUUGCAACACUGCCCGGCUAUCAGCUGUUCAUGUCAUAACAAAAGUAAAUCCCAACCUCAAAUAAUUUCUCUCGCUAAAAUAAGGUUUAAAUUAUAGUUAUUCUCGAAUAAAAUUAAAUAAACAAAAUUAUGGCAAAUAAGCCUACAAGAGACGUUCUUGGGAUCAUAUUCCAAAACUUUUGGAAGUCCCUGAGAC